UUCAACUCCAGCACGUGUGUGAUUCCUCCGUGUUGCUGGAUUACCUUUAUCUCGGGUGAAUUUGUGGGGUCCGGACUCCUUUCAGGCCUAAGCAUGAAGGCGAGACGAAAUAAAAAACAGGUCCCAAGCUUUCGCAAGUUGCUAAAAACUAGUAAAGUCAAACUUGAAAACAAGUUAAAAAACAAGCAACAUAAGCAACAAAGCACUCUCAAGAAGUACAGGAAGGAACAGAGAAAAUUAAGGCAAGCUGUAAAAGAUGCUGUGUCUAAGAAACCCAUUCCACUGGAGGACCCAAAGAGAAGACGACCAGUUAAAAGGAUUGAGAAAGAAGAGGAGGAAGAAGAGGAAGCACUUCCUUUAGAUAUGUUGGAUGAAGAUGACUUACAGUUAAUGAAGGAUUUAGGACAAAGAGCAUCUUUUCUAACAAGAGAUCUUUCUUCUAGUGAACCAGUUCACGUCAAGAAACGAAAGCAUGAGCAUAUCAUAGACAAAUAUGAAAAAAUACCAAGAACUCUGCAAACUGCACCUGAGAAGGAACUGAUUCACUUGCUUCCUAUCAAAGAUAAAAGUGGCAUAAUCCCACAGACAAGGGAGAAACCAGAUACUGAUAGUAACAAAGAUGAAGAGGAUCAAGAAGAAGAGAUGGAACUUGAGGAAGAGAUCAUUGAAGAUCCUAUUCCAGAGAUGACCAGAGAAGAACAUUUGAUUGAGAGAAAGAAGAAACUACAGGAGAAGAAAUUACAUAUUGCAACUUUGGCGUCUGCCAUACUGUCAGAUCCAGAAAGCAAUAUUAAAAAACUGAAAGAAUUACGUUCCAUGCUCAUGGAACAGGAUCCUGAUGUGGCUGUUACUGUUCGGAAGCUGGUGGUAGUUUCUCUGAUGGAGCUAUUUAAGGACAUUACUCCUUCAUAUAAAAUUCGGCCCUUAACAGAAGCAGAAAAAUCUACCAAGAUCCGCAAAGAAACCCAAAAGUUACGAGAAUUUGAAGAGGGCCUGGUUAGCCAGUAUAAAUUUUAUUUGGAAAAUCUGGAGCAAAUGGUUAAAGAUUGGAAACAAAGGAAGCUAAAGAAAAGUAAUGUAGUUUCCUUAAAGGCAUAUAAAGGACUGGCUGAAGUGGCUGUGAAGAGCUUAUGUGAGCUGUUGGUGACACUACCUCAUUUUAAUUUUCACAAUAACAUCAUUGUAUUGAUUGUUCCUCUCAUGAAUGACACGUCAAAAUCAAUAUCUGAAAUGUGUUGUGAGGCAGUAAAGAAGCUCUUUAAACAAGAUAAAUUAGGCCAAGCUUCUCUUGGUGUAGUUAAAGUGAUUUCUGGUUUUGUGAAAGGCAGAAAUUAUGAAGUUAGGCCAGAGAUGUUAAAAACAUUUUUGUGCCUAAGAAUCAAGGAAGUAGAAGUAAAAAAAGAUACAGAAGACAUCAAUAAGCCCAAAAAGUUCAUGACUUUCAAGGAAAAGAGAAAAACCCUAUCAAGAAUGCAGAGAAAGUGGAAGAAAGCAGAAGAGAAACUAGAGCGAGAGCUUCGGGAAGCAGAAGCUUCUGAGAGUACGGAGAAAAAACUUAAGCUACACACGGAGACCCUGAAUAUGGUAUUUGUAACCUACUUCAGAAUAUUGAAGAAGGCCCAGAGAUCACCUCUUCUGCCAGCAGUCCUUGAAGGUCUUGCCAAGUUUGCUCACCUUAUAAAUGUGGAAUUUUUUGAUGAUUUAUUAGUGGUUCUUCACACUCUCAUUGAAUCUGGUGACCUAAGUUACCAAGAAAGUCUUCACUGUGUUCAGACUGCUUUUCAUAUUCUUUCUGGGCAAGGUGAUGUUCUAAAUAUUGAUCCAAUGAAAUUCUAUACACAUCUCUACAAAACGCUAUUCAAAUUACAUGCAGGUGCUACCAAUGAUAGUGUUGAGAUUGUACUCCAGUGCCUCGAUGUCAUGCUAACCAAGCGCAGAAAGCAAGUUUCUCAACAGCGAGCCCUUGCCUUCAUCAAGCGCCUUUGUACCCUUGCUCUUCAGGUUCUUCCGAAUUCAAGCAUUGGCAUUUUAGCAACUACCAGAAUAUUAAUGCAUACUUUCCCCAAAACAGAUCUAUUGCUUGACAAUGAAUCUCAGGGAAGUGGGGUUUUCCUCCCUGAGCUGGAUGAGCCCGAGUACUGUAAUGCUCAGAACACUGCACUGUGGGAAUUGCAUGCGCUGCGGAGACAUUACCAUCCCAUUGUGCAGAGAUUUGCAGCUCACCUAAUGGCUGGAGCACCUUCUGAAGGCUCUGAAGCAUUGAAACCAGAAUUGAGCCGAAGAUCUGCAGUUGAACUUUUUGAGACUUACAGCAUGGCAGCAAUGACUUUCAAUCCUCCUGUUGAAUCAUCAAACCCCAAAAAGAAGGAUAAAUUUUUACAAGGAGAUUCAUUUUUGAAUGAAGAUUUAAAUGAACUAGUUAAAAGACAUUGUAGUGAAGUUGCUAUAGAGUCACCUCUGGAUUUCACCAAAUAUUUGAAAACAUCACUACGGUAGCACAAAAAUGAAGAGUCAGUGGACUUCCUUGUAUAUUUGUAUGUGGUAAAAAUAAAUUGUUGACUUAGAAAUAUUUCUUCUUCUACAAGGAAAACUUCCCAAGAAUGAUUAGGAAGAGAAAUAAUUACUCUUUGCUUGAUAUAAAGCUAUGCCCCAAUUAAGAAAAUGUUAUUUCAUUAAAAAAGGAAAAUUGAAAACCU